UUACCAUUUUUUAAGCCAAAACAUUUUUAACAAAGAUUUUUUUAAAUUAAUCAUUUUACCCUUAAGGACAUCCCUGUAAGUUGCCAAUUUAUCUGUUUUUGUUCUGUUCUUGGAACAGUUUUGUUCCAUAAAGUAUAGCUACAUAAACUCACACACACAUAGGAGUCCUGAUGCUGAAGUCCACUUCUGGUUUUCCGGCCCCUCCCCUCUAAGAGUGAUUAGUGUGGUAAGCCGCAGCCAGAUUGGGUGAGAGAGUUAGUCUCAUUACUGCAUGUACAAUGAGCUACUGCUCUCAGCCUGACCGCUCUGAUGCUGGACAGAGGAACUUUAUAUGAACUACACGACCUGACACAUAAGAAUUAAGAGAAGGAGAAUUUCAAUAGAGAAGCUUUCAACUUCAGGAUCAUGCAGGAACUCAGAUAUUUGAUGUUCCCCAAGAAGGUUUAAUUUAAAGGUAGCUCCACUAUGAAGGACUCAAAGAAGCGUUAAGCUUAAAGGACGUCUAGUUUGGUUUGUUUGGAUUGUCUCGCAUCACCAUGGAGAUCAGGAAAGUGCAUCUGAAAUGCUCCGGGACAGUUUUACUGACCAUGAUGAUGUUCAAAUGGGGUAUAUUCUGUUCCGGAUCUUCUGACAUGUGUGCAUCUUCACCCUGUCAAAAUGGGGCAACAUGUGUGGAUACAAUGGAUGACUAUGUGUGUUUGUGUUCGCGGGAAGGAGUGCGGUACACAGGGAGGGACUGUGCUGAGCUGUACAAUGCUUGUGUCUUCGCUGAAUGCGAAGGAUGUGUGACUGAACUUGGCACGGAGAGCUACACCUGUCCAGAGAACAUCAGCAAGUGUGAAAGUGGGCCAUGUGUAGGUGCCCUCUCUGAGUGUGUAGACGAGCUGAACAGCUACAAAUGCCUGUGCCCACCUGGUUUCGGAGGAGAGGACUGCAGUCGUCGCAUCCCAGACUGUAUUGAUGAACCCUGCCUCAACAAUGGCACUUGUAGACGGAUAGUGGAUGGAUUUGAAUGCACCUGUUCAGUGGGUUUUCGUGGUGAGACCUGUGAAGAGAAUGUGGAUGAAUGUGAUUCACAUCCUUGUCAGAAUGGCGCAAUCUGUGUAGAUGGGACCAACAAGUAUCACUGCUUCUGUGUGCCUGGAUACCAAGGACACAACUGUGAAAUUGACAUAAAUGAGUGUGCAUCACGACCUUGUUGGAACAAUGGAACAUGUAUUAAUGGAAAAGACCAGUACCUAUGUGAAUGCCUACUCGGAUAUACAGGAGUAAAUUGUGAGAUGGAGAUUGAUGAAUGCGAGUCAAAUCCAUGCCAAAAUGGAGCUACCUGUCAUGACCUAGUGGGACUGUACACCUGUGACUGUGUGCAGGGGUUUGAAGGUUCAGAUUGUGAAAUCAAUAUCGAUGAAUGUGAGAGUGAUCCAUGUCAGAAUGGAGGAAUAUGCCACGACCUUGUCGAUAGUUAUGAGUGUGAAUGUGAGGGUACUGGGUUUAUGGGAGACCACUGUGAGGAGGAUAUUCUGGAGUGUGCAUCACAUCCUUGCCAACAUGGAGGAACUUGUCUAGAGGGCAUUAACCACUACAACUGUACCUGUUGGCCAGGUUUUAAAGGAGAUAACUGUGAGGUGGAUAUAGAUGAAUGUGCUGAUACUCCCUGUCAGAACGAUGGUGAAUGUUUUGAGAAAUCAAAACCAGAACACUGGGAGACAGACUGGGAGUUCACCUAUGCCACAGCUGCAGGUUACGUCUGUCAGUGCCAACCAGGAUAUACAGGAGAGAACUGUUCAGUGAACAUAAACGAGUGUGUAUCUGAGCCAUGUCACAAUGGAGGAAGCUGUGAGGAUUUGGUAAACGGAUACAAGUGUGUAUGCCCAGAAGGGUUCGAAGGUAGAGAGUGCGAGGUUAAUAUAGAUGAGUGUGAGAGCGACCCCUGCCUGAAUGGAGGUGUAUGUGAAGAUGGAGUGGCUGAAUAUAAGUGCCACUGUGCAGAAGCUGAGGAAGGUCUCUUGCCAUGGGGGGGACCUCAAUGCACUGUGGAGCUGCUUGGUUGCAUUGACCAUGCAUGCCAAAAUGGUGCCACCUGCUUGCCAUGGUUGGAUGGAGACACACAUGAACAUACUUGUCUUUGUCCACCUGGAUUCUAUGAUGAUGUAUGUUCAACACCAACCACAUUCUCCUUCUCCUCUCCAAAGUUCUUUCUUAUUGAAGUUCCACCAAUGGAGCGCAGAAGGAGAGACAUUGAAGAACACGAACACCCCCUGGGGGUCCACCUACGCUUCCGCACCACACUGCCUAAUAUGCUGCUGUUCUUUCGUGGCAAUGCUGAGUUCUUCCUCUCUCUGGAGAUUGUUGGGGGUGAGCUGCGUGCCAAGGCAAUAUCAAAGAAGGACGGGUCACUGGAGGCACAAUUACCAGGGCUUGUAAGUGAUGGGGAUUGGCACGAGACAGUGGUGAACAUUGAAGGACGGGAUCACGAUAUCAGACUGGUGCUGCAAGUUAAAGGUCCAGGCUGUGACAAUCAAGUAUGCAGAGUUGAACGCAAGCUACCGGAUGGCCAAGAAAGUUUCUUGCACCAUGAUAGCCUCACAAAGUUAUAUGUGGGUGGAGCACCAGAAGAGUACAUGGAGCUAACCUUGAGUGGUCAUGGCUUUUUGGGUUGUAUGGAGGACCUACUGGUGGAUGGCCGUCCGGUCCUGCCACACGAUCUGGGAGAUGAAGAGGCGAGCAUAGAGGUGGGCUGUAUAAAGACGGAAUGGUGCGGGGUGGACCCAAAUCCCUGCUCUCAACAAGGGCAAUGUGUUGACCUCUGGACGAGCUACCGCUGUGACUGCUAUAGACCUCACUAUGGAGAUAACUGCAGCCAAGAUUUCCCCUUUUGGACAUUCAGUCAUGAGGACUCUAAAAGCUUUCUUGCAUUUGAACUGCUGUCUGAUUUUGGCAGGAAUUUUAGUGUAUCAUUCUUCCUACGAUCUCUUAAAUCAACUGGAUUAUUAUUUCAGCUCCGUAAGGCAGGGCUUCAGGAAACAGAGGAGGAUAAUCCUUAUUUUACCAUGUACCUGAAAAUGGGACGAGUACAUGUGACCUCUGUGGGGUCAACCAUCUUAUCAUCACCAGUGUUUGUCUGUAAUGGAGAAAAACAACUGCUUCAGAUAGACAUACAGGAGGGUCAGGUGUUCUUCAGCCAUGGUGGAUUGCGCUACGAGCUUGGCUCUUUGCCUGACUUGGAUGUUCUGGAGGGUGACCUGGUGUAUGUUGGUGGGGUUCCAGGUGAAGAAGGUACAGCUGAUUGGGGGGGUCAUUUUAAGGGCUGCCUGCAGGACCUGAGACUAGACGACAUGCAUCUGGAUCUGGAAAUCAGCGAGAAUCUAUUUAUCUCCAGGGAUGCAGAAAACGUGCUGCCUGGAUGCAUAAGUGAUGACAUAUGCAAGGUGGAUCAUUGCUUAAAUGGUGGAGAGUGCAUAGUCACAUGGAAUGACUUUACUUGUUCCUGUCCACGGAAUUUCACCGGAAAGACAUGUGAAACACCGGUUUGGUGUGUCAGUAACCCAUGCGUAAAUGGGGGACACUGUGUGGAUCUGUUGGAUGGUUUUGAGUGCAUUGCUAAUGCAACCUUUGACAACACACCCUUACACUACAGUGCUAACGGAUCUCUAGUUAACCCAGUGACCAACGUUACCAUGGAGCUCCGUACAAGGCAGGAAAAUGCUGUGUUACUUCGUGCAGCAUGGAGAGGGGCGGAGUUUCUACUGAUUGGUCUAGUGGAUUCAGCCAUUCAUGUGGAGCUUCACACCGAGAACAGUGUGGAACCAGUGAUAUUCUCUGGACAGAGGCACAUUGGAGAUGGAAACUGGCAUCGCAUACAAGUUGCCAUGGCUCACCCAAAGAGGGAUGCAUCGCAGUGGUUAAUUUUGGUGGAUGGCAUCAUCGAUGGUAACAGUGCACCGGAACUUGCUGGUAGUUUAAGUUUUCUUAAAGACUCCUCAAGUGAAGUUGCACUUGCAGAGGCGUACACAGGAUGUCUAGGUGCUGUCAGAGUGGGUGAGGUAUACCUUCCAUUUGUAGACAAUGCCAAAACACCUCAAAAAUCACGGUUUUGGCGACAACAAGAUGAGCGUGUGCGCAUAGGCUGCUUUGGGGCUACAGUGUGCCGCUCUCAUCCCUGCAGACAUGGUGGUACAUGUGUAGAUCUCUUCAAUAUGUUUAGCUGCCAGUGUGCACCUGGCUGGGAAGGGUUCACCUGUGAGAAAGAAACAGACGAGUGCUUCUCAGGACCCUGUCUUCAUGGCAAGUGCAAAGACAAGCUUAAUGGGUUUGACUGCUUGUGUCACCCAGGAUAUGCUGGACCUACAUGUGCAGAAAACAUAGAUGACUGCAAAGGAUCAAAGUGUAAGAAUGGGGGAACCUGUGUGGAUGGAGUUAAUGACUUUACCUGUAUCUGUCCACCCAAGUACAGCGGAACACGUUGUCAGUAUAACUACCCUCCUCUUAAGUGUGAACUGGAUUUUGAAUGUGAAAAUGAUGGCGUUUGUCAUGACACUCAAUGGGGGGCAAACUGCACCUGCCCUCCAGGAUUCACAGGAGACAGAUGUGAGAGAGAAGUUGAUGAGUGUGCAUCUAGCCCAUGUCUAAACGGUGGAUCGUGUCUGGAUCGACUGAAUCGGUUUCAGUGUUUGUGUCCAGCAGGAUACAGUGGCCAGUUCUGUGAAACAAAUAAACAGGCUCAGCAAGAACAUAUACCAUGGUUGGCAAUAGCAGUUCCAUUGGCAUGUGGCUGUAUUCUCUUGGUGGCCAUUGGACUUAUUUUUAUGUUGAUGACAGCACGCAGGAAGAGGCAGUCAGAAGGAACUUAUUCCCCAAGCCAUCAGGAGAUUGCUGGUGCACGCUUAGAGAUGGAUAGCAUGCUGAAAGUACCACCUGAAGAGCGUCUAAUUUGAACACACAAACAGAAAAGGGCUCCAAUAUUAUCUGUGUGACACUAUGGAACUACACUGGACCUUCCCAAGACCUUGUGGUAUCACAGAGCCACAGAGAGAAGAAAGUGCUACAUCAAACAACUAACUUAAAGAUGUACGGUAAUACGAGUGAAAGAGGACAAAACAAAAUUUGGAAACAUGAAGCCAUUAAAUAUGGUUGAUCAUCUGUGGAGACCUAAAACUCUGGAACUUAACCAGCAUCUCUUCAAGUCUAGGUGAACUUGAACUUGGUGAUUCUUUACCUCAUGGCAUUAUAUGCCUGAAUGGCUUUGACAAAUACUGCAACAAGAUGGAAAUAAGAGUUUACAUUCUACCCACAGCAUUUUAAAUCAAUCCUUCUCAAAGGAGUUAACAUUUUGAAAAUAUUUUUUCACAGCAUUUGAAUGUACAAGGUAUGUCUGUAGCAAGACUGUUAACAAGCUACUAUUCCUGCUGUAGGCUACACUGGAUAUGAUAAUCAACACUGAGGAAUAUGGCUUCAUAUUCACACCAGUGUGAACAAUCAGCCAUAUAUUAGCAUUUACAAGGGAAGAGUUUUAACCCUUUUAAAAUAAUGCAUUUUCUUAGAAAAAGAAAAACGAUGCAUUGCUAUUUUGCAUAAAUAAUUUUUGCGUUCACAUUGUGUCAGAAUUACCCUAAUAAUGUGUUUCUGAACACUAAAAGCUAUUCAUGUCUUUAUUGAAUGCACAAUUACAAGAAUUACUUUUGAAAUAAAACUUUUUUGUAUUUGAUCAUGUAUAAACAACCAAAAAUACUACAAGUAAUGCUAGUUAGGUAGCAAUCUUGGCACAUCCUUGUCAUUUUAUUUUGGCCAAUAACCUGCAGACAGAAAAGCUGCACAUUUAACUGCUGAUGAAGUCACAAGACAAACAGCUUUGAGUUGAAUCUAAGCAAAUUUGUAAUCAAGGAAUUACGGUAAUUCCAACAAAAUGUGAACACACAUUUUUUUAUUCUGUUUGAGACCGUUAUUGGAAAAACUGUGAAAAUGUUACUGUUUGACAAUCACUGCACUAGACAAAACUUUUUUUUUUGUUUGUUUUAGGAAUGUGUUUAUACUACUAAAGAUAUAAAUAAACACCACCACCACCAGUAGUUUAUACACACUUACCUCUACCUACACAUGAAAAUAUGAUCGCAAUGAGUGGUGAAAAAAUUCUGCCUGUGAAUGAAGAUAAAACAAGAGAGAUGAGAGAUAAAUAUAAGAACAAAUCCUUGGUGAUGUCUAA